GGAGGAAGCUGAGAAACAGAGAGGAAAGUUUUAAUGACAUUGAUGAUGUACAAAAACACCUUUAAGUAAUAAAAGUUGAGGGGGGACAGGAUGAGUUGAGAGAUGUGGAGAGACACCUGCGGGAGCAGAGUAGGAAGAAGGAGGACAGAGAGAGAUCAGCAGAAGGGAGGGAGGAGACACCUCAGGGAUGAAACUAUAGAGAGACGGAGUGGAGAGAUCUGGAGAGGAUGGAAGAGAGAAAGAUGGAAAAGCAGGGAUGGAGAAAGGAAAGAGAGAGAUGGUGAGACAUGACAGCUCAGAUGGGACGGAGAACACGAAAACAGAGUCCCUGCUGAGUGAGCAUCUCUAAUUAUCACUAUGCCUGAGAGAAGGUGCGUGUGUGUGUGUGUGUGUGUGUGUGUUCACGUGUGUGUGUGUGUGUGUGUGUGUGUGUGUGUUCAGUGUGCACGUGUGUGUGCAGGUGUGUGUUUGGGUGACAUCACAGCAGUGGUGACAUCACAGCAGUGGUGACAUCAUCAGUGCAUGGUGACAUCACCAGAUGGAACACUGUGAUAGAUUAAAGGAGUGGUGACAUCAGUUGUGACAUCUUAAAGGAGCAGUGACAUCAUAAAGGAGUGACAUUCAGGAGAGAGUCCCAGAAUCACCCAACUGUAGUUGAAUCUGAAGACUCGAUCAGACGAAACACAUCGACUGAGAGAAGCAGUUGUCUCAAGAGAAAGAGACUAUCUACUGAGAGAAGCAGUAAAUUUCUCUCCAAAAACCACGAAGCAUCGACAAGAAUUGACGGUAAAUCAGCAUCAUGGUAUUAUCAAGAACUUCCCAGCCAGAAGCCAUCAUGCCCGAGUUCAACGUCCGUCGCGCUGUUUCCAAGCUGCUCAACUCCUUCUUUAAGGGGAUGACGGCGGAUCAGUGGGGAUUUUUGAAAUCCGGCAGCCCCGACGACGCCACUAUGACCAUGAUGGGAGAGUUGCUGUUGGACAUGACAGCGGCCUUGACAAAAGCUUUCCUGAAAUCUCUCGGGAGCAGGACCCUGACGUCUGAGGACGAUGUCCAAAUCAAUCUGGGCGACACCAUCUCUCAGGGUUUUGCCGAAGCUCUGGGCAUCGACGUCUCGGUUCAGUGUCCAAGCUCCAAAAGCUUGACGACAUUGAUCUCUGAAGAGGUUUUGGAGAGCGUCCGAAGUGCCCUCUCCAGCCCCGAGGGCAUAGUUCAGCACCUCACUCCUCCCAGCAGACUCAACAGCAUGAUUCUGCACGCCUGCAAAAUGUGCCAGGCGUUCAUCAGCAAGAUGAAGUCGGUGUUCUCGCCUCGACCGCGCAAGCAGAGGACCAUCUGCGAACAAUCAGAUGUGGAACCGGAAACCUCAGACGCCGAAGACCGCCAUGCGGCGACGCCUUCGUCAGAUGUCGUGAUUGCGACGAAAAUCAUCAUCAAGACGCAGUUGAACGUCAUCACCGAACCUCUCUUGGUUGACGUGCCCGACUCCGAGUACAUGCUGCUGCAGUCUCAAAACUCUCGGGAGAUUGAAGACGUCGCGGAAGAAAUCGCUCGGAGUAUCGCCAAAGAUGCUGUAAGACCGACUACGUCGGCGCAGAAGAGCAAACGCUCCAAGAAAAGCAUCGGAAGCAAAAUUAAGAAGCUUUUGGCAAAGUGCUUUGCCAAAACGUGCAUCCAUCGCAUCGUGGCACAGAUGAGGAAAAGAUUCCACCGGGGCUCCAAAGUUCACAGCCGGGAGUCGGCAAAGUCUCUCAGAAAGAAGAUUAACGAUCUGAUGAAACAACCAGAAAACCGCGAUCUUCUGGGACUCGGCGCUCCAGUCAUAAACAUUCCCCCCGGUCGAGUCUUGGAGUUCACAAAGGUCUUAAGUGAUCUCCUCUACACACACAUCACCAACGGGCCAGAGAUCAUCCCCGAGCCGGUGAUACGUGCCAACAUGCGCGCUGACUUGCAACGGAAGGUGCUCGGUUUCCUGUGUCUGGCCAGAUGGUGGCAGAUCUUUCAGUCCAACGACCUCGUUGACAAUAUGAGACACGCCAUACUGGGGACCAAGCCCAGGGCCAGGAAACCUUUGGCAAUCGCUGCACCGCCUGCCCCGAUAUCCGUGAUGAAGAGUCGUGAUGACUCUGCACGGCAAGCGCGGAUCGAACAAAAAAAAAACUGCGUUGAGUUGAUCUUGGAGAGGCUGGUCACGCGGAUCUUCAAGAAGGCAAAAGUGACCUGGACCCUUUCAAACGUCCAUGACAUCAUCCAGCGCCUUUUUGAACGAACGUGGGCCGAAGUCGAGGGUCUCGAUUUCGAUUCCAGCCCAGAAACAUUGGAAAACCUCGUAAAGGCCAUUUACCGGGACCUGAUUAAGACGUGGGGCAAUGCGAUGUGGGUGCUGGUGUCCUUGAAAGGGGGUCAAGCGGCUGUCGGAGAGCGUAUCGCCUCCGCCGUCAAAGAUCACCUGAUGGCACCACCGAGACAGAGGUGCUGCAUGUGCAGGUGCUUCUAUUCUAUGCUCACCGCCAUGACGAGGUGGUAAAGUGGUUUGUGGGUUUUCUCCGGGGGCUCCGGUUUAUCCCACAUAUAGUGAAUAAUCGGACUUAUUCUAUAGAUAAAAAAUGUCUUCAAUGUGUCAUUCAUCUUGAAGGAAAAAUUGCCUUUUUCCUUCAGAAUGAAUGCGAGGGCUUGAGCUCUCAGUGCCACCGCAGUAGUCAGUGUUGUCUACUGUUGUGGAACGCACGGGUUCGAUCUGGGUGAUCCAGUUCUCCCACAAUCAGUGCAUAAUAAUGAACAUCUAAUUAAAUACAAUAAAUAAUAAUAUAAAUAAAUAAUA